AUGACCACGAAGGAGCCGAUCCCGCUACUGACACCGCACAGGAUGGGCCGGUUCGAGCUCUCCCACCGGGUGGUGCUCGCGCCGCUCACGCGCUGCCGCUCCUACGGCAACGUGCCGCAGCCGCAUGCGGCGUUGCACUACUCGCAGCAGGCGACAAAGGGCGGCCUGCUUAUCGCCGAGGCCACCGGCGUCUCCGCCACCGCCCAGGGGUUUCCUGAUACUCCUGGCAUCUGGACGCAGCAGCAGGUCGACGCUUGGAAACCCAUCGUUGAUGCCGUUCACGGCAAGGGCGCUCUGUUUUUCUGCCAGAUUUGGCACGCCGGAAGGGUCUCCUCAAACGGUAAGUUAGGGGUCCAUGACAUUUUGUGUUGAUGAAUUGUACUGAGUACCGUCACAAUUUUUUACCUGAUCCUGCGAUUUAUUUGUGGCUACUAUUUUUGGGCUUUGGUUUUACCGUAAA